AUGGUCCAACUACAUAACUUUUUCUUUUUAAUUACUUCCAUGGUCGUGCCUCGUGGCACGGCAGCACCCGUACUAUUGAAAUGGUUCGUCAGUAGAGAUGUUCCCACAGGUGCCCCUUUUUCCAAUGGUACUAUAAUUCCUAUUCCUAUCCCUUCAUUCCCUCUUUUGGUCUAUCUACAUUCAAGGAAAUUCAUACGCUCCACAGACAGAGCAAAAAGUAGAGUCUUGGUCAGAGCAAGCCGUCCUAUUCUAUUACCAGACAGAAUUGGGAGAAGCUCAUCCGAAACUAGAGCUAGAAACGCCCUAUUUCGUUUCGUUCCCGUUCUUCAUUUCCUUCUUAUCGAAUCAAAGGGGGCCUUAUCAUAUUUAGAAUCUUUCUGCGGUGUGCUCCCUUUACUAUUCUUUCGUACUUUCUUCUUUUUACCACGCGAUAGGUCAGCGAAGCGUGAGCGGGCGCGGAGAAGGAAAGGCCAAAGACUUCGGCCUAACGGGAAUGAGCAACGACGAAAUGAGAAGAUGAGGUGCCCCGGGCACCCCCAUUUAGAAAGAAGGGUCGAAGCUGUAGCUUUCCCCGUCUCCCCUUCGUCGGGCGGUGCUUGUGUGGGGGAUGCGCCACCAGAAAUCGGGCUUGAAGCUCUCACCUUACCAACGAGCCGACAGCUGAUGGCUGUUGGUCACGACGACUACCAAAAAGCUCCAAUGAAGAUGAAUAUUUCACAUGGAGGAGUGUGCAUCUUUAUGUUGGGUGUUUUUCUGUCGUGCGACCCGUCGGCUUAUGUGCGACCUGUGGCCCACGCCUCCUAUUUGUUCAGGGCGGGCGGCGUGAACUCUGAUUCGAUCCGGGUAUUCAAUCCCGCCGCUGAGAUGCUCAUGCUGACCACACUGAGAGACACGAAAGCGCAGGUAACGCCAGUUGGCGAAGUGGCGUUAAGCAUUCCUAGCGCCUACCGGGAUGGAAUAGAAAGAACGCGAAAGGCUAGUGUGGUCGGUUUUUUUUGUGGUCAAAAAGACAAGCCAUCCCCGCCCCGCACUCAUAAUCAACUGCUAGCUUUCCCCAUCUCUCCUAAACUUCCCCCGGUCUUUGGCCCGAGCUGUAUGAGGCAGAAACUCGUCCCACGUACGGUUCGGAGGCCGAGCCCCACCCCAGCAGUCAGGGUGCGACUUAGGUCAACUAAGACAAAGAAGAUAGAGUUCACUCAACGAUUGCCUUUGGGUUCCGAACUCCAUAUGGGGAAGGAGCGUUGUUGUUUGCGAGGUCUCGAUCAUUUACAUGGACCCACUUUGAAUGUAAUUUGUGGGAAUUUGAUGAUCUAUAAACCGCCCCUAACGAACGAUCGGCUCAUCUUUGAGCAUGAUGAAUCACUUUGUGCCGACCUGUUGCCAAUCUACUUGGAGAUCUUAUAUGAGAAUGGAAAACUUGAGCAUUUUCUGCAUCGGUGGAUGAAGAAUCGCGAACAUAAUAAUUUCCGGUUGACCAUGUUUCCAGAAAAAAGAUACUUUCGAGAAAGGACGAGCACGACUGAAGUGGCUAUACAUACUAAUCUAUUUACGGAUCUAUAUGCUUUGAUUGGAACUGGAAGUUCCAGAACCGGCGGCUGGUAUACCACCAUAGUGAAACUGCCUUUUCUUUUUUUUAUUCGGAUCGGAUUUAUGUUGGCUUCGUUGGGAGGCUCGCGUAGUUUGUUACGUCAGCUCCAAAAGGAGUUGUUGCCUUGGAAUUGA